UUCUACAUCAACUCAAAGGCCGGUUUCGACUGUCGCAAAAUCAGCUAGGUGGAUGCCUCUGUUGACAACGCAAAGCUACGCUUGUCAAACAUGACUCCGCAAUUUGGGCUACCCACCGAACGGGGUCACAUCACUGCUGCAUGUGCUAUUGCUACGGUCCUGGCUCUGAUCUACGUUCUCGCACACAUAGUGUACAACCUAUACUUUCACCCGCUUGCAUCUUUUCCAGGACCUUUCCUGGCUAGAUCUUCUCUCUUAUGGAGAAUAUACCACUCCGCAGGAGGCCGUUUCCACCGUCGGAUCUACGAACAACACAAAAUACACGGCUCCGUAUUUCGAGUAUCGCCAAACGAGUUGUCUUUUGCUGGCGUUGAUUCUUGGAAAGCCAUCUAUGGACAUCCUACAGCUGGCCAACCUACGAUGAUCAAGGCCGAGUUCUAUGACAUAUAUGGCUCUGGCUUUAAGUCACUGUGCAUCGGAAGUGAGAGGAGACCUGAGAAGCAUAGCCGAAUGAGAAAAAGUCUCUCUGCGGCCUUCAGCACAAAAGCCCUAAUCGAGCAGGAGCAAAUCAUCAAUAGCUGUGUGGAUCAAUUUGUCAGCAGCCUUGAUCAGGGUGAUGGGGCAUCAGAACGAGGCUUGAAUAUGACAAAGUGGCUCGAGAUGAUCGCUUUUGAUAUUUUGGGCGAAAUGGCUUUUGGCGAGAGCUUCGGAUGUAUUGAGUCUGGCAAACCGCACUUUUGGUCGGAACUCAUCGAAGAACACCUAUUCUUCAUCACCAUAGUUGACAACUUACGUCGCUAUCCAUUAUUCGUGACUUUGGGUCGUUGGAUCAUGCCACUGACAGCGUCGCUACGCGACAAACAUACGGGUUUGAGCAGAGAGAAAGUUGCUAAACGUCUCUCAAAAAAGGAGCCUCGCAAGGACUUCAUGUCCCACCUCAUCCGCAAAGUGGAAAGUGGAGAGAUGGAUCAAGAAGAAUUGACAGCGCAUGCGUCGACGUUGGUUAUCGCGGGUGGAGAGACAGUUUCCACCUUCCUGGCUGCUUGCACUUACUACUUACUCAAAAACCCGAAGCAUUUGGGACGUUUGCAAACUGAGAUCCGUCAAAAGUUCAGCUCAUACGCUGACAUCAAUGCAACCAAGGCGCAGCAGCUUCCCUUCUUGCAGGCUGUCAUAUCUGAAGGCCUGCGUAUCUAUCCACCAGGCUCUCGUGGCUUUCCUCGAAUUUCCACUGGAGGAAAAAUUGAUGGCCACUACAUUCCACCAGGCGUCGAUGUGUAUACAAGUGCAUGGACAGUCACGCAUGAUGAGCAAUACUUCAAGGAUCCCUUUACGUUCAAUCCUGAGAGAUGGCUUGAUGCUGUGAGUGAGGACGUCAAAGAAGCAAGUCAGCCUUUCUCGCUUGGUACUCGUGGAUGCUUGGGAAGAAACUUUGCAUAUGUUGAGAUGAAUCUGAUAAUGGCUAAGAUGUAUUGGAAGUACGAUAUGAUCCUCGUUGACAAUUCCUUGGAAUGGGAAGAACAGAGCAGAGAGCAUGUCAUGUGGACGAAGCCAGAGCUUUUUGUACGCUUUGAAGAGCGUAAGCAUGAUUGAUUUUCGAAUAAACAAUUUUAGCAAUCGAAGCCACCACAGUGAUCAUG